GCUGUAUGUUUUUAAACGAGGUAGAAGAAGAGCGUCGUGGACCAAUUGCAAAGCGCUAGCACAGCUCAAAGAAGAAGAAGAACGUGGACCAAUGAGAGCUCAGUGUGAGGAUGCGGGAAGAGCACUCUGUUCGGCAGGUUUCUGUAGAUGAAGCUCCAAUACGUCCAUGAAAUGAGGUGACAGCGCGUUCCAGUCUUCUGCCCGCGUGUUUUCUCUCAGUCAAACAGGUGUGCCGUGUGUUUCAGUCAUGCGGCUGAUACCCAGCAGGUCUGCAGCCGCUCCUCUCAGCCUCUCUCUGGCUCUCCUCUUGGGGCUACUCUGCUGUCACAUCCCCAGCACGCUCAGCCAGAAGUCUGACUCUGCCCUGGCUGUGGUGGAGACUGCUGAAGGAGAAGAAGAAGUGCAGGUGACCGAUGUAGGAGAUGAAGAAGAUGAAGGAGAUCUGGAGGUGGUCCAACCUACAGAGGAAUGGCAAACACUCAAACCAGGUCAGGCAGUGCCCAGGGGCUCUCAUGUGCGGCUGAACCUGCAGACGGGUCAGAGGGAGGUACGGCUGGGAGAGGAGCAGCUCAAAUACCUGAACCAGGUGCACAGGGACACAGAAGAGCCCUCCAUCAGUCCUGAAGAGCUCAAACGGGUCAUGAAAAAGAUAAAGGAGGACCUGAAGCCAGAGAGCACGGAGCAACAGGACUUGGUGGCAUCCCAGUUCCGUCCCAUGGAGGAGUUGAAGAAAGACAUGGCUCAGCUGGACCUGCUGGUGCAGACGGAUGUUCAGAUAAUGAGGCGUCUGCUGGAGCAGUUCACCAGCAGCAACGCCACCACGGAGCAGAGGCUGAGCCUCCUGCUGGAGCUGGAGUACCUGGUGCAUCAGGUGGACAACGCUCAGAAUCUGUGCUCCAUGGGGGGCCUGCAGCUGGUUGUGGAGACUCUGAACAGCUCCGACUUCAGACUGCAGGAGAGCUCCGCCUUCGUCCUGGGGUCUGCUGUGUCCAGUAACCCCGAGGUCCAGGUGAAGGCGAUGGAGGCCGGAGCUCUGCAGACACUGCUCACCAUGCUGGCCACGGACCAGCCGCUCUGGGUCAAGAAGAAGGUUCUCUUCGCAGUGGCCUCCCUUUUACGCAACUUCCCCUACGCACAGCGCCACUUCCUGUCCCACGGAGGGCUGCAGGUGCUGUCAGAGCUGUUCAGGGCGGACAGAGGGGGAGUCCUGCGCACUCGUAUCGUCACCAUGCUGUAUGACAUGAUCAGUGAGAAGGAGCUGAUCUCCCAGGCCGGUCUGGACCCGGGGCUGGACGCCUCCCACCAGGAGCGCCUGCGUCAGUACUCUGUGGUGUCUUUGCGAGAGGGGCUGCUGGAGGAGGGGUGGUGCAGUCUGAUCCCACAGCUGCUGGACUCCACCGAGCACGACUACAGAGAGAAGGCUCUGCGGGCCAUGCUGGCGCUGGCUCCAGUGUGUGUGGAUCAGUACCGCUCUCACAGCUCUCUGAAAGCCUCGCUGCUGUCACUCAGAGAACAGUACCAGGACAUGAUACAGUCACAAAUGAUCCUAGGAGAGGAGAACGGAUACUUUGAAGAGAUGAUAGACCUUAUAAAUGCUCUACACAUCAAACUCAGAUGAGCGGAGCAUCACUCAGUGGGCUUUUACUCAGCUCUGUAUAGAGUGCACAGACUUAUGAAACAACCACAAACCCCUCAGAAGGACAAGAAUAUCCUGCAUGCAAUUCAAGGACAGUUUUGAUCCGUGACCUUUGAUGCUAUCCUGGACAGAGUUGGGAUCAGAAUAACGUUUUCUCUUUUUGGUGUUGUCAGUGUAAAAUGUUUGACAAUUUUUUUCAGAGUUCAACAAUAAAUAAAUAAUUUUAAAAUG